AUGAAUAACACGAACGUUUCUGUUGAUAUCGAGUGGGGCUGGGUCCCCUUUACAUGGACAUGGUGGGUCAUAGUUCAACUUGCGUUUUCCAUAAUCGGCAUCGUCGGAAACAUUCUCGUCAUCGCCGUGAUCAUCCGCCGUAGUCACGCCCAGUUCGCCACCGAUGUCCUCAUCGGUAACCUAGCCGUAUCCGACUUCUUCACGUCCCUGUGGAUGAUACCCCGCCCCCAAAUGGAUUCGGUACCGUCUAACUGGAAAGGCAUGCUUUACUGCCGGAUCGAGUAUUCGAAUAGUUUAAUGUGGAUAUCCGCGGUGGCCUCAGUGUUCAUACUCACUGUGAUAUCAGUGGAGCGGCUAGUUGCUGUCAAGCAUCCGCUAAAAUUUAAGUUGAUUUUCACAGUUAAGCGAUCACUUCGCCUUGUUGGGCUAUCAUGGCUAGGAGCCGCCAUUUUGAAUGUGUACACUCUGGCCAUUUCUACAUACGACGACGAAAGUCAUGUUUGCCGUACUGAAUCCAUUGGAUAUGAAGUACAAAUGGCUGCCGGAGUCCUGCUGUUUAUGUUCAAAUACCUGAUACCAAUCGUCAUCAUGAUCAGUAGCCAUCUUGCCAUCAUCCGGGCACUUCGCGCACAGGCGCGCAGUUUUCAGACCGACGGACGCACCGUAAAUCAGCCCAUACAGCAAAUUUCGCUGACAAUGCGAAGGAUGACACGCACUGUGCUUAUUGUCGUCAUAUUCUUCAUCGUGUGCUGGUCGCCAGACCAAAUCUGUUUCCUUCUCUUCAACCUCGAACUCCUCCCUUCCUACAUGUACUCGGAUCAUUACCGGGUUUUCGUCUGCCUUGCUUUUGUCAAUUCAUGUUCAAAUCCGUUCAUCUAUUCCGUUAGAAACAAGAAAUUUCGUAACGAAUUGCUCGACUUGUUUUGUCUUUCACCAUCAAAGCGAAAAGGACUCGCACCGGUGUUUUAUACGUUAGUAAAGUCAAGGUACAUCAAAACAAUUUCAGGCAAAGAUCCCGUGUGA